GCGCACUCCGCCCCUGACGUGGGUCAAGUAUGCUCUGCCCACACGCCGACUCCCAGGAGAGGCCCGAGGGCCUCGCUACUGCCGCCAGGUGAAAUCCAUCCAGGAGCAAAUCCACGCCACCGAGACAACCCAAGCUUUUUAUCAGCUGUGAAGUACCUGGAAAGCAGGAGGCCGGCGAGGCGCACAGCGCGCCCCACGGGCCACCGCCCCGACUUAGACCACCACCGCGUCCCCGCCCCCGGCCCCGGGCCUCGGUGCUGCCGGCCCGUGACGCAUGGGGGCCCCACC